UUCCAACAAAGCAUUCUUUACUUUUUUCUUUUCUCUCUAAGAAAGAGCUCUUACAAUUACAAUGCAAGUUUGGGAAGUGAAAACAACAUCCCAUGUAAUAUUAUUAUUAUAUUCCCAUGUAAAAUUUCUAGUACCUACUCUUUUGUUUCCUUCACUCACUUCAUAUUUCUUACUCCAUUUUCCAGCUGGUGCCACCCAUCCACUAAUAAGAAGCCUCUUUUCAUUUUCUUCUGCUUAUACAUCUAUCUUUAUAUAGCCUCUCUGCUUUCCCAUUCUCCAUUGUAAUUAGCAUUGGCAAUUUGGCAUCUCCUGCCAUAUCCCCAUUUCUCUCUAAAUUCCUCUUGGUCAGGAAUUUGGAGAGUGGUAAAGAAAUUGCUGCAUAAACUUUCUGAUAGCAAUGGACCUCUCAAAGAUUGUUAUAUGUAGCAGUACACUGAUGUUUUUGUUCAUUUUACCAACACAAUCUGCUAGUCCUCCAGCUCCAGUAUUAACUCCAACUCCUGCUCCUGCACCAGCACCAACCUCUCCUUAUGUAAAUCUCACUGAUUUACUUUCUGUUGCUGGUCCAUUUCAUAAAUUCCUUGAUUACCUUAUAUCCACCAAAGUCAUUGACACAUUCCAAAACCAAGCCAAUAAUACAGAAGAAGGCAUUACUAUCUUUGUACCAAAAGAUAGUGCCUUUUCAUCUCCUAGGAGGUCUUUAUCAAACCUUACUCAAGAUCAGCUUAAACAAGUCAUCCUUUAUCAUGCCUUGCCACACUAUUAUGCGCUUGCCGAUUUCAAGAACCUUAGCCAAAUGGGCCCUGUUAGUACAUUUGCUGGUUCUGGUGAAUUUGCUUUGAACUUUACAGAUGUGUCUGGUACUGUGCAUCUUGAUUCAGGAUGGUCUCAAACUAAAAUUAGCAGUAGUGUAGAUUCAACUGAUCCUGUGGCGAUUUAUCAAGUCGAUAAAGUGCUUCUACCAGAAGCAAUUUUCGGUACGGAUAUUCCUCCAACACCUGCACCUGCACCAGCUCCUGAAAUUAGCCCUGCUGCAGAUUCUCCAUCAUCUGAUAUAACCGGCAGCGAAGGACAUGCACCUGGAGUUGCUCCUCCGAACUCUGCAUAUAGAAUCGUCGAUACGGGUAUUUGGAUUCAAUUCGUUUUGGCAGUUUCAGGAGUGCUAGUCUUGUUCUUGUAAGAGGAAAAAAAAGAUUGAUAUGUUGAAUCUUUAAUUUAUGUUGAGAGGGUAUAUCUGGCCGGAUUUCGUUUAUAUGCUUUAUUUUAAACCAUUUUUUGAUUUUAUAUUGUUACUGAAUUUUAUGCAAGUGAAUGUGAAUUACUUGUGUUCUUUAUUUCUAUUAAAACCUA